UCACAACAGCUGAUGAGUCAUUUGUGUUACACUGCCCAGAAGACCAUGCGCAUGCGCAACUGUCUCACAGACGAGUCUGGUCGCAAGUUGGCUGUAGAACCAUUUUUAAGGCGGUAUCUGCCAUUUGUUGGUAUAACUCUGGGACGUGCUGGGACUCAAAAGUUGAAUAUCUCUCCUGCUGUUGACAAUACCUGAAACACACACACUUCAGAAGAAAACAAGGAAAGAUGGCAGCGAUUUUAGAGAAACAGUGGGAAACAGCUCUGACUGAAAUCCUUGCAAAGCUGGAUGACAAAGAGUACGAUAAGAUGUGGGAGUUUGUUUCGAAAAUCCCAAAACAGAAGAAGACGAAGAAAUUAAAAAGAGAGAUGCCCCAAAAAAUCAUUAAGCAAUAUGGAGUGAACGAGUCUAUCCAGAGAAUCAAGAACGCAAUGAAUAAGAUAAGGAAAGACCCUGGAGUCCAGGACCUGCUGCGCCCCUUUGUGGACCAACUGAAGAGCAAAGCAGAAGCUGAGAAAAAAGGAACGAAGAGGAAACUUAGUGAAACUGAUUCAAAGGCAGAGGAUAUGAAAUCUGAAGCUGGUAAGAGCAGUGCUGCAAGUGAUUCUUUAGAUGUAGAGCAAGAGGCUGAAGGCAAAAAUGAUGGGAAGUUGACAGCAAAAGACGAACCGGGGAGAUUGCCUCAAAAGGACAGGAAAAGCCAGUCAUGGAGAAUAUCCAUUGGCGAACUAAAGGCCAGUGGUAACCCUGGAAACAAAGCAAUUGGUGGCAAAAUCGUGCAGAAAUCUGGUCUGCGUACAUAUCAAACCAGAAACAAGGAGAAAAAGUUUUUCUUUAACCUGGGGGUGGCCGAUGAAACAGCCAGUAUUAAAGUGAUGGUGUAUGGAAGAGAGCGCUAUCAAGAAAUCCAGGAGAAGAGCUGCUACCUGUUCAGAGAGGUCAUCGUGGAGGGAAAUGACAUUAAAGUGACCAAAUUAAGCAAAGUAUCGAAGACACCACAGAUUGAUGUUCCUGAGAAUCUGGAGAUGGAAGCUCGGAUGCUCAUUGAUACUCAAGUUUGCUCCAUCGAACAGGCCAAGAGAUCAGCGGACAAGACAUUAGUGAGUGUUGAAGGAAAAGUAACAGAGAUCGGCUCCGUUGAAAACAUCAAAGUGAAGAACAGACGAGGAAAGAAAGACAAGCAAGAUUUUAAACUUGAAGACGACACUGGUUCAAUCAGGAUCACCUUGUGGGGUGAAGACAUCAAGCAUCUCAGAGUAUCAUGUGGAGACGUUGCCAGGGUGACCAACGUAAAGACCAGUCACUUCCAGGAUUCAGUAUCGCUGAACUCAACAGAUUCCACCAAAAUUUUAAAGGUUCAGAGUGCUGCAGUCCAGAGCGUCACCAUCGAGAUUAUCGGGAUCAUAAGAGCCAGCGGGACGCAGACUGAGUUGGAGGCGGAGCUCAGCCAUAACAAUGAGGUGCAGCAGUUUGAGGUGGCUUCAUCCCUGCUGGCAGGAGCGUUGGGUGUCAGCCUGGGGGGCGGCUUUGAGGACAGGCUGCUGGAUAAAAUGCCGUUCUCAGCAGAUGUAGAAAUCAAAGGAAACCAGAUCAUCAAAAUUAAAUCCGUCAAAUAGAAGCAAAGAUGGCGUCCACUGUUCAGGCUGGGCUGCAGCCACAUGAUUCAUCUAUUUUUACAAAAGUUGUUUUUUUAAACUGAAUAUUUUUAAUAUGAUUCCUUAAAUCUGUCAUUUAACGUAGAGGACAUUUCUAAUUAUAUGAUGUCAGUUAUUCUUUCUUUCUGUGUUUCUUGCAAAUGAGUUUUUUCUGUUUUUAUUCUGGUUUGAGCAGAAUAUUCAUAAUCAUCAUCAGUCCUGGAAGCUCAGGAAUUCCCGUGACUACACCACCUGGUGCUGGGAACGUAUCCAUUGGAAUAAAAAGUCAAAUCUGGAACUUAAGAAUAAAAAUAAUAAUCCAUCUCUGAAAAAAAAAAAGUGAUUAAUGGUUUUAUGCUGAAUAUUUGUGUAUUUGUACUAUUACCUGAGAGUAGCUGAGAGCAUGGAGAGGACCAGUCAUUAUAUGAAACUUUAUCAAAGUAUGUAAUGGCUGACAUUUUAUGCAGUUCAAAUAUUUCAUUGUUAUGGUACUUUAUGUAUUAUGGCUGAAAAUGUUUGGUUCUAUAGUCAUUAUGAUUUUGAAGAUUUAAAAAUAAAUCUCAUAGAUAUUAUCACUAGAAUAAUAUAGAUCAAGCUACUCAGAAGCAUAUAAAUCAUUAAAAUCUUACAUUCAAUUCAAAUUCUCGCGCAGCUGUAAUACAUCCAUAUGAAAGUAUCUACUUCUGCCUGAAAAUCAAACCCUGUCUUUUCUAUACUGCGUUUUUUUCUGAUUAAAUGUUCUGAUUUUGUCUGAUUGCAACUUGUUGUCAGAUUUCUUACCAUUGGAAAGUGUACACUUAAACAUGUUUUAAAGGUCUUCUUGUGCAAAAAAAUAACAAGGCUGAAGCUCCAGCUGUUGUAUGCAGGCAGUGUAAGAGCAGAACUCUUCAAACAGCUCGUCCUGUUUUUCUCGUUUUUGUUCCAGACCGUUUCUCACAUCUGUAACAUGGCGCCAUUUUAUCAAUUUAAUUGAAAGUAUCUUAACGUUUAGCAUCUAACACUACAUUUAUGAUGUAGUUGUGUCACACUAACAUCACUUUUCUGUUCAACGCCUGCUGCUUUGCCUCAGCCUUCCACUCAGACAUGAGGAGUCAGAGAGUAAUGGUAAAUGGUCUGUAUUUGUAUAGCGCUUUACUUUAAUCUAGUAUGUGCCUUGUGCUGCUCGUCACUCUGGUUCUCAGGCAGUCUGGCGGAUAGAAGGCUGCAGAACUUUAUUUAAGGUAGUACCUGCCAGCUGUAAUGAUCUGGGGAGCUUCUGGCAGAGGUGUAGCUUGCUACCGGGCAACUGUUUGGGGCCCUCAGGCCAGUGACAGUAUGUCCCUGACUCCACCCUCUCACUUUGUAAGUGGCAUGUUUGAUUUUGUUUAAACAAAUCUAAACACGACAGCAGCUGAAGAGGAUCUCUGUGAGUGACAAAAGAAGAAGAAAAUAGAGGAAGAGGGGAAAAGCAGGGCAGCAGUGAGUAGAGUAGAUAAGGAUAAAUGACUAAAGGAGAAACAUCUGAAUAAUUUCACAUUAUUUCUUUAACUUUAGUUAGUUUUGAAGAGCAGCCCAGCAUGUCCAGCUCAGGUCACUGUGACAAGUCCAGUGUGAUUCUCUGUUUUGUUUGUCAAAAUUUCUGAAGAAAGUUUUGCUGUCUAGUUAUUCUUCUACUUUUUCUGCUGCUGCCUGAAAUUUUGCCACAAAACUUGUCCCGCAGCUUUGAGAAAACCUUCACAUGUUAUAUUGUUUCGUGCGGCUCGACCGGGAAUGGUGUGUUAUGACGUUUGGUAGCAAUUGUCCAAGGUUUUCGUGAAAUUCCCAAAAACCUAACAAAUUUCUCCGCAUUCGUUUGAAUGGGGAAGUGUCUAAAAAGGCUUUGGAGCACUACCUUUCCUCCAUCAAUCAUUUACGAUUUUCACACAUAUGCCAUCAAAGCACAGCCUCCUCAAUCUCUAUCUCCAUUAUGUUAAAAUGGCUCCCAAAUGUCAGCUAAAACACUGUCAUCACGUCCAUGUAAUAAACUACAAACAUGAAAACUGAGUAUUUUGAAGCCUGGAAGUUCCUUCAUGAAAACCUCUGCUGACAUCUGGUUGAAUACAGUUGUAUUCAUUCACAAAGAGCAGCAGGUCAACUGAUCACACUGUGCACACUAAGAAAAUCUACUGGAGCUCUCAAUAGAAACAACUGAUU